GAGAAAGUGGAGCGGAUGAAAGACAAGCUGCAAGUGAUCACUACAUUGAGGAACCCAUGCUUGAAAGCAAGACACUGGAUGGCGAUUGAACACGUGCUCAAUACUAAGUUCUCACCUGAAGUCACCAUAACUCUGGAGAUGCUGGAGAAGCUAGGUGUGUUUGCGGUUCCCAACGAGCUGCAAGAUAUAUCCGGUCAGGCCAGCUCAGAAGCUAGUCUGGAGGCACUUUUAUUCAAGGUGGAGGAGGCGUGGAGAGCCUUGGAGUUGGUAGUGCUGCCUCACAAGGAGGCGAAGGAUGUGUACAUCCUGGGCAGUACAGAGGAGGUGCAGACGACGCUGGACGAGAGUAACAUCAACAUAAACACCAUCGCCAGCUCUCGUCAUGUGGGCCCCAUCAAGCCUAGGGUGGACGACUGGAUCAAGCAGCUUGACCUGUUCGCCAAGACCUUGGAUGCGUGGUCAGAAUGCCAGACCAACUGGUUGUACUUGGAAUCGAUAUUCUCAGCACCUGAUAUUCAGAGGCAGUUACCAAUAGAGUCAAAGAUGUUCUUACAAGUCGACAAGUCUUGGAAGGAGAUUAUGAGGCGUACAGCCAAGAAUCCACUUGCUUUAACAGCUUGCACUCAUCCUGGCUUGUUAGAAACAUUUCAGAACAACAAUAAUUUGCUGGAUCAAAUUUUGAAAUGUUUGGAGGCAUAUUUGGAAACCAAGAGAGUCGCUUUUCCAAGGUUCUAUUUCUUGUCUAAUGAGGAACUUCUUGAAAUUUUGGCUCAGACCCGCAACCCACAUGCAGUGCAGCCUCAUCUGCGUAAGUGUUUUGAUGCUAUCUCGAAGCUGCAGUUUGGUACGAAGCAGGUGCUGCCAGAAGGGGCUGUGGAGGGAGACGAAAAUGUAGAGCUAGAAACUGUUCUUACCACUGACAUUGUGGCCAUGAUAUCUCCUGAGAACGAAGUUGUUUCUUUGGGCAAGGGACUCAGAGCUCGAGGAAAUGUCGAGGACUGGCUUGGUAAAGUGGAGGAGGCGAUGUUUUUGUGUUUGCGGAGGGAAAUGAGAGAAGCGCUCGUAGAUUACAACAAACGACCUCGCACUGAAUGGGUUCUGUACCAUCCGUGUCAAAUAACAUGUACUGUGGCUCAGACCAUGUGGUGCAAAAAUGUGCACAAGGCUUUAGAAUCUAGACACCCUGGUGAUUUGAAAUCUCUCGAAGUUGAGUGCUUCUCUGACUUGAAUGACCUGGCAGUUAUGGUGCGUGGAGACCUUGCUAAACUGACCCGACUGAUGUUGAAAAGUAUCAUCACACUGGACGUCCAUUCUAGAGAUAUUGUAACAGGACUCAUUGAGAAAAAUGUCACUUCCAGUGCAAGUUUUGAGUGGUUGAAGCAGCUGAGGUACUACUGGGAGAAGGAGAUUGACAACUGUGUAGCUCGUAUGUCCAAUGCCAGCUAUGUGUACGGGUAUGAGUAUCUAGGAGCUGCGGAGAGAUUGGUCAUCACUCCACUGACUGACAAGUGCUUCUUGUGUCUCAUGGGCGCUCUACAACUUGACCUGGGAGGUGCGCCUGCCGGCCCUGCUGGCACUGGGAAAACAGAGUCAACAAAGGAUUUGGCUAAGUCUUUAGCAGUUCAGUGUAUAGUGUUCAACUGUUCUGAAGGCCUGGACUACAAGAUGAUGGGUAGAUUUUUCUCCGGAUUGGCCCAGUCUGGUGCUUGGUGUUGUUUUGACGAGUUCAACCGCAUUGAUAUUGAAGUGUUAUCUGUGAUAGCUCAACAGCUGAUAACAAUUAGGAAUGCAAAGGCUUCAAAACUUUCCCGAUUUAUGUUUGAAGGACGAGAAAUCAAACUGGUCAAAACUUGUGCAGCCUUUAUCACCAUGAAUCCUGGCUAUGCUGGUCGUACGGAGUUACCUGAUAACCUGAAAUCUCUUUUUAGGCCUAUGGCUAUGAUGGUACCCGACUAUGGACUGAUUGCCGAAGUGAUGUUGUACUCUGAAGGUUUUGAAUCAUCCAAAAAUCUCGCCAAGAAGAUGACAAGAAUGUACAAACUUUGUAGUGAACAGCUUUCUCAACAAGAUCAUUAUGACUUUGGCAUGAGGGCUGUCAAAAGUGUUUUGGUCAUGGCCGGAGCACUGAAGAGAGAAAAUGUGGACAAACCGGAAAAUGUCGUAUUGAUUAGAGCGUUGCGAGAUAGCAAUCUUCCAAAGUUUUUGAAGGAUGAUGCUCAGCUGUUCCAGGGCAUCCUGAACGACCUGUUCCCUGGGGUAGAGUUGCCACAGCAGGACUAUGGAGUGAUGCAUGUGGUGAUGAAGGAAGUGAUAGAAUCCCGGGGACUUCAGCCAGAGCCCAGCACCUUCACCAAGGCCACACAGCUGUUUGAGACAAUGCAAGUGCGACACGGAGUCAUGACAGUGGGUCCGACUGGCGGCGGCAAGACUACCACACUCAACGUUCUGAAAGACACCCUGACUGAGCUGCAUGCUCGCAAGGUGGAAGGUCAGUACUAUCGUCCUGUCAACGUGUACACCAUGAACCCCAAGUCUGUCGCCAUGGGGGAGCUGUACGGGGAGGUCAACCUGCUCACCAUGGAGUGGAAGGACGGUCUGUUGGGGAUAUUUGUGCGGCUUGCCGUCAGGUGUACAGAAGAGGAGCACCAGUGGGUGGUGUGCGAUGGCCCGGUGGAUGCUGUGUGGAUAGAGAACAUGAACACGGUGUUGGAUGACAACAAGAUGUUGUGUCUCGCCAACUCUGAACGCAUCAAACUAACCUCCUGGGUACACAUGGUGUUCGAGGUGAUGGACCUUGCGCAAGCAUCACCAGCCACUGUCAGCCGCUGUGGUAUGGUCUACGUAGACCCCAGCCAGCUCAAGUGGUUGCCUUACGUCACUUCCUGGCUGCAGAGUGUUGUCGAGAGAAUACCUUUACUGGUGGAAUACGCUCCGUUCAUUCUGGAACUGUUCAGUAAAUAUGUUGAAAAUGGUUUCGUCUUUGUCAAAAAACAUUGCGUCCACCCCAUCGCUCAGGUUGAGAUAAGUAAAGCGACCAUGAUGUGCAACAUGUUUGAAAGCCUCAUAAGAGAGCCUGGACUACUGGAGAAAACCUUAGACCGGAGCCGAACACGCAGUAUCAUAUGUCAGACCUUUGUUUUCUCCUACAUUUGGUCUGUCGGUGGGAAUUUGAUUGAUUCAUCACGGGAAACAUUUGAAAAGUUUGUACACGAUCAGUUUGAGGACAAUCCAGAUGCUCAGCUUCCUGCAGGCUGUGACCUGUGGGAUCUCUACUUGAAUGUAGCGCAGAGACGGCUGGAGCCUUGGGUUCGCAUCACGCCCACCUACAAAUACGACCCGCAAACACCAUUCUUUGAGAUGCUCGUCCCUACUGUAGACACUGUGCGCUUCGGCUACAUCAUGGAGAAACUUCUGGCUAUCAGUCAACCUGUGCUCUUUACAGGCAUAACAGGUGUAGGCAAGUCAGUGGUGGCAAAGUCAGUGUUGAACAGACUAGGUGUGUCUGGAACCUGGGUGACGGCCACUAUCAACUUCUCUGCUCAGACCAGCUCCGCUCGCACACAAGAGAUUCUCGAGUCCAAGCUGGAGAGGAAGAAGAAAACAUUGCUUGGUGCUCCAGCUGGCAAGAAGUUUGUCUUUUUUGUAGAUGAUGUCAAUAUGCCCAAAUUGGAGACAUAUGGAGCCCAACCUCCCAUUGAAUUGUUAAGACAAUACUUGGAUUUUAAAGGAUUGUACGACAGAGAUAAAAUGUUCUGGAAGGACAUUCAGGAUGUGGUCAUAUCUGCUGCUUGUGCUCCGCCCGGUGGUGGUCGCAACGCCUUGACUCCGAGGUUCGUCCGUCACUUUGCAAUCCUGUUGAUACCAUCUCCCACUGAGACUACACUUAAGGUUAUUUUCAAGUCGAUUUUGUGUGGGUUCCUGUCCAACUUCUCCCAAGGCAUCAGUGACCUCGGAGAGCUGCUGGUAGCUGCAGCCGUAGAUAUAUACAACAGAGUGUCUGUGGACCUACUGCCUACCCCUGCCAAGUCUCACUAUGUCUUCAACCUGAGAGAUCUGUCCAAGUGUGUGCAAGGAAUGCUGCAGGCGGAUCCGAGUUCCAUGAGAGAGUCCAAUGACAUGCUAAGACUGUUCUACCACGAGUGUCUAAGGGUUUUUCACGACCGUCUGAUUAACCUGGAGGACAAGACUUACUUUUACCAUCUGAUGAGGGAAGUGUGUCAAAGAAUCUUUGGCACACCUGUUAUCAUGUUACCAGACACGGUGCCAAUACGGGAACCUCCCUUGCUGUUGUUUGGGGACUUUAUGUCUCAGGCUGCCAAGGAAGAUAGGCCUUACGACGAGAUAAAGGAUAUUGACAAACUGAAAGGCAUAUUGCAGGACUACCUAAUGGACUUCAAUUUGCUGACUUCAAAAGAGAUGAAGCUUAUAUUCUUCAUGGAUGCUAUUGAGCACAUCUGUAGGCUAGCAAGACUGUUGAGAGCAGAGAGAGGCAAUGGCCUGUUGGUGGGUGUAGGAGGCAUGGGCAAACAGAGCCUGACCAAGCUGGCUGCUCAUCUUAAUGGCUACAGAUGUUCUCAGAUCGAGCUCACAGGCUCCUAUGAUUACAAUUCUUUUCAUGAAGACUUGCGAAAGAUGUGUUUUUCUGCUGGAGCGCUGAACCAAGACACAGUAUUUCUGUUUACUGACACCCAGAUUGUCGUAGAGGAGUUUCUUGAGGACAUAAACAAUUUAUUAAAUUCAGGAGAGGUUCCUAACUUGUUUGAGUCGGAUGAGUAUGAAAAAGUGAUCAUUGCCUGUCGACCAGCUGCCAAAGAGGCUGGAGUCAACGAGGCUAACAGAGACGGAAUAUUUGACUUCUUCAUCUCUAAAGUUCGCAACAAACUGCAUCUCGUCAUUUGUAUGAGCCCUGUGGGAGAUUCUUUUAGGAGGAGAUGCAGAAUGUUCCCUUCGUUAGUGAACUGUUGUACAAUCGACUGGUUCGUGGAUUGGCCAAUGGAAGCUCUGUUGUCAGUGGCCCAAGACGCUCUGAAGGAUACAAUCAAGGCUGAUGUGGUCGAGGACAUGGCUAAGAUGUGCUAUACGAUACAUCAGAGCGUUGGAGACAUGACAGUGAGAUAUUACGAGGAAAUGCGAAGACACUACUAUGUGACGCCCAGCAGUUACCUGGAGCUGUUGAAGCAGUACAAGAGCUUGUUGGAGAGAAAAACUAAACAAACAACUCAAAUGAGGGAUCGUAUACAAAAUGGACUGACAAAACUGUAUGAGACAAAUGAACUGGUGGCAACAAUGAAGGUCGAGCUCGUGGAAAUGGAACCUCAGCUGAAAAUAAAGUCUGAAGCCACUGCAAAGCUGAUGAAAAAUUUGAUAAGAGAGAAAGCACAAGCGGAUGAAGUGCGACAAGUGGUCGUUAAUGACGAGGCGGUUGUAAAGAUGAAAGCGGCAGAGAUGCAGACACUGGCAGAUGAGGCCCAGGCAGACCUAGACCUGGCCUUGCCUGCCAUGGAGGCUGCGUCCAAGGCUCUAGAGAGUCUCAAUAAAGCGGAUAUCAACGAACUCAGAGUGUUCAACAAACCUCCCCAUCUGGUCAAGUUUGUCAUGGAAGCUGUCUGUCUACUGCUCGGGGUCAAGACAGACUGGGCAUCUGCCAAGCAAGUACUGGGAGAUGUUAAUUUCCUGAAGAAGCUACAGGAUUACGACAAGGAUCGUAUCCCGGAUUCAAUGCUGAAGAAGCUCAAGGAGUACAUAGAACACCCGGAGUUUGUCCCGGACCUGGUCGCCACCCAGAGCAAGGUUUGCCGUUCUAUGUGUAUGUGGGUGCGGGCGAUUGAUAGCUACGCUGUCACGUUCCGCAUUGUCGACCCCAAGAGGAAAAAGGUGGAGGCAGCAGAGAAGGAGCUAGGUGAAGUAAUGGCAGUGCUGAGACAGAAGCAGCAGAACUUGGCUGAUGUAGAGGCCCAGAUAGCCAAGCUGGAGGCCACGUAUGACGCCAGUGUGGCUGAGAAGGCUAGCCUGGAGGCCAAGAUGUCCCAAUGUAGUGCUAGGCUGGGCAGAGCUGGUAGACUCACUAUGGCCUUGGGUGAUGAGCAAGUGCGGUGGGAACAGUCCGUUGAGGAGCUGGGUAGAGCAUUGAAGAACCUGACAGGAGAUGUGUUGGUGGCUGCUGCCUGUAUGGCUUACCUCGGAGCCUUCACCAGUUCCUACAGAGAGGAACUUACCCGCUUGUGGACCAAACAGCUGAUUGAUCUGCAAAUACCUGCUUCUCCACUGUUCAGCUUGAUAGCAGUGCUGGCAGAUCCCUAUGAGAUACGGACGUGGAACAGUUGUGGUCUGCCUAGGGACAAUGUGUCUACUGAGAACGCCAUCUUGGUCACACAGGCCGGUCGUUGGCCUCUCAUGAUUGACCCUCAGGAGCAGGCAAACCAAUGGAUUCGCCAAAUGGAGGCAAACCACAGUUUGAAAAUCGUCAAACUCACAGAUUCCAACUACGUACGAAUGUUGGAGGCCGGCAUCAGAAUUGGAAUGCCUGUGUUAAUUGAGGAAGUCGGAGAAGUAUUGGACCCCACGUUGGGCCCAAUCAUGCUGAAGCAAACUUUUAUCCAGGGAGGAAGAUUGAUGAUACGCCUAGGAGAUGUUGAUGUGGAGUAUGAUUCAAAUUUCCGUUUGUAUGUAACAACCAAACUAUCCAACCCACACUACCUUCCUGAGGUCUGCAUUCAAGUGACUCUGAUCAACUUUACCGUAACUCUCUCCGGUCUGGAGGAUCAGCUGUUGGCAGAUGUUGUGAGGCUAGAAAAGCCAGAUCUUGAAAGCCAGAGAACAGAACUCAUUGUCAGGAUCAAUAAUGAUAAAGGCCAGUUAAAAGCAAUCGAAGAUAAAAUCCUCAAGCUUCUGUUUGCCAGUGAAGGGAACAUUUUAGAUGACGAAGAAUUGAUAGAAACCCUGAACGAAAGCAAAGAAACGUCAGCCAUCAUCGGAGCGCGGGUGAUGGAAGCGGAGGCUACAGAAGAGAAGAUCUCAACGGCCAGAGAGAAGUACAGAACAGUGGCCAACCGUGGGUCUCUACUGUACUUUGUGGUGGCAGACCUGGCCAAUAUAGACCCCAUGUACCAGUUUUCACUCAAGUACUUCAACCAGGUGUUCAACGGUGUGAUUGUGUCGAGCCCAGCUGCCUCGGAGCUGUCAGAGCGUCUGCAGAUCCUGGUAGAUGAGAUCACGCUGGCCGUCUACACCAACGUGUCGCGCGGGCUGUUUGAGCGCCACAAGCUAGUGUUCAGUUUCAUGUUGUGCGCCAGUAUCUACCGAGGCGCCGGCGCCAUCAGUAACGCCGAGUGGAGCUUCUUACUGAGAGGCGCUGUCACUGGAUCUGGCGCUGACCAACCCAACAAGCCUAACGUGCCAACAUUGUCAGACAAUCAGUGGUCUUGUGUUUUGUAUUUGACUCAAAACUUUCCAUCCUUUCAACAUCUACAGUCAGAAUGCACAAGUAUAAUAACCAUCUCUGUGGGAGACUUUGAACAGAUCAUUGACCUGGACCCAAAGAAAAAGAAAAUCAGCAGAGUAGAUUGGAAUGAAAAACUGACUGAGUUUGAGAAAAUGAUGUUACUAAAAGCCCUGAAAGAAGAAAAGCUAGUUUUUGCAGUAACUGAAUACGUGAAAACACAACUUGGGAAAGCGUUUGUUGAAAGUCCCCUUGUGAGCCUACCUUUACUUUAUCAAGACACUUCGAGUGUAACUCCAUUGGUGUUUGUGCUAUCAACUGGUUCAGACCCUGUAGGAGCGUUCUUGAGGUUCGCUGCAGAGACGGGCAACAAAGACCGGGUCCAGUCCAUCUCACUGGGUCAGGGCCAGGGACCCAUUGCAGAGAAAAUGAUUGACACAGGGAAAAAACGAGGGGACUGGGUGUUUUUGCAGAACUGUCACUUGGCUUCCUCAUGGAUGUUAGACAUGGAGCGGAUCAUCUUGCAGAUCCAAGAAAACCCGAGGGAUGUUCAUAUAGACUUCCGUUUGUUCCUGAGCUCCAUGCCUUCAAACCGGUUCCCUGUAUCAGUUUUGCAAAACUCAGUAAAAGUCACCAAUGAACCACCUAAAGGUAUCAGAGCAAAUUUAAAACGAGCUUUUAACGAGAUCUCUGAAGACUUCUUUGAGGAUCAUGCUCUGUAUGGAAAAUGGCGCAAGAUGAUAUUUGGGCUGUGCAUGUUUCACGCUGUGAUACAGGAGCGAAAGAAGUUUGGACCUCUCGGCUGGAACAUCAUGUACGAGUUUAACGACAGUGAUCGUGAAUGUGCUCUGUCUAACCUCCACCUGUUCUGUCUGGAUAGCUACAAGAUUCCGUGGGACGCACUCGAGUAUACAACAGGUGAAGUGACUUAUGGAGGCCGAGUAACGGAUGAGUGGGAUCAGCGGACGCUGAAGACUAUUCUUAAGGGAUUCUUUUCCCCAGAAACAUUAGAAGAAGGUUACAAGUACUCGGAAUCUGGGACCUACUACAGUCCUAACGUCACCCUUUUAGCAGAGUUUCGAGAGUUUAUUGACAGGCUUCCACUCAUUGAAGAACCUGAGAUAUUCGGUCUGCAUGAAAACGCAAACAUUGCUUUCCAAACCAAAGAAACUGCUGGUGUGAUAGUUACUAUCAUGGAGGUACAACCAAGGGAGUCUGCAGGGACUAAAGGGAAAUCUAGUGAUGAGAUUGCGUUUGAGUUGGCAGACAUGAUCAGAGAAAGAAUAAUAACUAGGAUCGAUCCUGAUGAAACUCACCCAUCUUUACUUCGGUUUGACUCGCGAGGGUCUCUUCCUUCUUUGACGACAGUUUUGUUGCAAGAAGUUGAUCGGUUCAACAAGUUGGUGAGAGUCAUCCACUCUUCCCUGAAGGAGUUGCAGUUGGCCAUAAAAGGCCUUGUGGUUAUGUCUGAACAACUGGAAGAAGUUUACACGUCCUUCUUAAACAAUCAGGUUCCAAAGCUAUGGGCGAAAACUGCUUAUCCAUCGUUGAAAAGCCUCGGAAGUUGGAUAAGAGAUCUUGAACUAAGACUUGAUUUUAUUUCAAUGUGGGUCAAAUGGGGUCAGCCCAACUCAUUUUGGCUGUCUGGGUUAUUCUUCCCCCAAGGCUUCAUGACCGGGUGUCUGCAGACUCACGCUCGCAAGUAUAACACCGCCAUUGAUGAGCUGGUUGUUGACUUCAAAGAUCCCAUGAACAUAUUCAUAGAUCAAGAGGAUGUUGAACGCUUCCACAAACAAUUUGGUAAAGAGGAUGCACAAGCUUACCAAAAUUUGCAACCACCCACUGAUGGUGUUUUGAUCCAUGGAUUGUUCUUGGAUGCUGGGUUCUUUGAUGUUAAAUCUGGAUUUUUAUCUGAUCCAAGAUCAGGAGAGAUCAACCCUCCGCUGCCGGUUGUACAGUUGGUGCCAGUGACUAAGCAGGAUGAGUCCCGGUUGCGCUACAGUUGUCCUCUGUACAAGACGUCAGUGCGGGCCGGAGUACUGAGCACUACGGGGCAGAGCACUAACUAUGUGGUUACUGUGCCACUGCCUACAAGGCUCUCCGAGAACCAUUGGGUGUUGAGGGGCACUGCGUUGCUUACACAGCUCUCGGACUAGGUCUACAUUUCUUUUGUUUAAAUUAAAUAUUUUUGUUCACCAAAGUUGUUCAUCCUUCAAAUAUUUGAUUGUGGUU